AUGGAUUCCAUUGUGCCUCAGAACACGUACCGGACGUACAAACGGGAUACGCAGCAGCUCUUGUUCUGGAUCAUCCACGCCUUCAACUCCAUUCUCCAGUCAACGGCAACCGCAGAGGCAUCAAGUGACGAACCUCAAAAUCGCCAAAAUGUGACAGGCCAAGUUACUGUCCGGGAGUUUGUGGCCAUGGCUAAGACUAUCUCCAAACAUGCCGUCCGCAUCCCCGGUGCCAUCUACCGCAAGCUACAGUCCGUGACACGCGCCAGGACGGUCGUGCACCAGACCUUUCAGCAGCUCGCUGCCAUGAGCCCAAAGGCCGACCCAGAGAUGGAGGCGAGCAAUACGACUCACAAGUACUUCAUUGAUGCUCUGCAUGAGGUAUUUGAGCUCCUCGGAGGGCCUGCUUGGGUGGAGAAGCAGCAGAGUGAGGCUCGGAGCCAGGCCACCCGGACCGACGGUGGCAGGGAAGACGAUCUCGACGCCGAGUUUGACGCCGAAAUCGAGAGCGCCAGGUUCACCAACAAAUUUGCGGCGCCUGGCCUUGGCACCUCUACGCACGGCGGGCUUGAGACGUCCGUCGCGGACUCUAGUGGCGACGAGGAAUCUGACGAGGAGCCGAGACCAGCUGCUGGUGGGCAACAGCGCCGCCAAGCUCGGCCUGGAAGAGGCAAGAAGAAGAAGAAGGGUGGCAAGCGAGCCAAGAAGAGCAAGCAGGCACCCAAGCCUGCACAGACGCUGGAUGAGGUUCCUCUUGAAAGCUACCGCAUCAUCGAGGAUGUGGAUGGCACUGUCACCGACUACCUCCUGGCGGUCUACGCUCUCUUUGAGGAGAUAUGCGAUCUCCGGCUGUAUAUGAGCGGCGUGUGGCGUGAGGUUGCAUACGAGGACCUCAACAGCGCCGUGGCGGCUACCUUAGGCGAUCUGGCCACGGCCAUAGUCAAGCGAGCCGAGUCGGCCAUCAUGGUCGACUUCCCCGGACACGAGUCGUAUGAGACGGUAAUGCGGACGAUCACGCGUGGUGACAUAGAGAAGGCCCAGGGCAAGUUCAAAUUGACACUCUACAAGACCGGUGGCUCAGACGGCCCGGCAGAGAAGAUGGAGGAGACCAGCCUCGAUAUCAAGGAAUACUUCCUCAUCUACGCAUACAGGGACCUUGUCGACUUCGUGACCGACUUCCAGGCAACCCGCAGCGGUAAGCCGACCAAGCGCAUGCUCCAGGAGAUUGACAAGUGGGAUCCAACCCUGGACCUUCAACGUGCCACCAAGGAGCAGAGACACCGUUGGCGUCGAUCCUAUACCAUCAACUGGCUUUACGACCUGGUCAAUGUCUACUCCAGCAUUGUGGUCCAACGCAACACGAUGAAGGGGGAGCAUCACGUAUACGAAAAGGUCGAUUGGUCCGCCGACGGUCAAUGGAGCGAGCAUGUGCGGCUCUUUGGCAUCAACGAAUUUGCCGGCAUUGUGACUUCUAUUGCUAUGCAAAAGCCCGGCACUGACGUCAAGAAGCUCAUUAACCCAAGCUUGGUAUUCCAGCUGCAGUGCAUAGUCGACUCUCUGAUGGUCUCCCGUGGUUGGUCCCUCAGCAGCUUCAGGGGGCAUGUCUUGGAGCGGCCAAUGAAGAAAUUCCGGCCGAGGCGAGACGUCGACCUGUUUCUGGAUCGUGAAACCGAGAGAUUUGGCAAGGGCAUUUUACAGGGCGCCUAUGUGCUGAUGCAGCUGCUGGAGCAAGACAGCGUAGGCGACCCGAGCCGACAUGAGGCGCAUAUCGCCAUACUCCAAGGUCUGUUGUGGGACUUCAGAGACUGGCUAGGCGAGUCCAAAUACAUGUCUGGACUGGCAACGCUGCCACCCUCUCGCUUUUCCAACAGCAACCCUAAUGGCCUAUGGGAAUACUCGCCCUUUCUCUGCGGCGCGGGACUGGUCGAAGGCCUGGAGCUUGUUUACCGUUUCGGCCUGACGCUCUGGGACCGGAUGCCCGAGCCAAUGCUCCUAAUCCAUCUGCAUAACAUGUUAGUUCAGAAGAAAUAUCUUGAGCGGUCUAUUGGGCUGUUUGCUGCUCUAGAGAACACCUUCCCGACGGCUUUCUUCGCCGACGGCCGUGCCCCUACCUCCAACUUUACCCAGGCCCUCAGCAGUCAGAUGGGCAAGACGGGCACUCAUUUUGAACAGCGCCGACGAGCCGCGCUCAGGAAGGGAGGCAACACCACGCACGACAUGCUAGACGUGGCUGCGAACCGUUUCUUCCGCACCAAGUCCAACCUUCUGCUAUACCGCGAAUCUGGCUGGAAUCCUGACCGUAUCCCUGAUGAGGACCUCGGAAAGCACACCAUGUUGUACAACUUCCGCUCCCGUCACUCAGACGCCGAUUCAUUCAGGCACGCGACGGGCAGAUUCCAGUCCCUCGAGUCGGGUGGACCCCGUCCGCUCCAUAUGGAGUCCGACAUGGACCCCAAGGCCGCGCUGUCCCGGCCUCUGAGACCUGACCGCCUCUCACGGCGAGAUCUGCUCGAGCUCAUCCGGUGGGACGUCUACAUGGACCUCUGCGGUCCUGUCCCGCUCUCGAGCCUGAACUACUUCUGGGUGACAGCGCGGAUUAUAACGAUUUUUAUGAUGUUUGAAGAUGAGCUAAAGAGAGUCAACAACCCCCUGUACCACGAUAUCUACGUUAAGAACGGCAGGCGCAGCUCCGAGAAGCGGAUUUUGCUGGCGGUGGCGGCGUUGUCCGGGAGCGACGACGAGUGUCUGCGGAUCUUGGCCAAAAUUCUGGAGGAGCAGAGAAUGGGCUGGAUGCAACACAUCUAUUGGGACGACCUUGACACGGACAUGGAUCGUCUCCAUGAACGCGGUAGAGAUGAUGCACAGGGGCCCGAUCCCGACGUGUGUAGCGUUAUGUAG